AUGGCUAAGCAAUCACUAGACGUUUCCUCUGACAGAAGAAAGGCCAGAAAGGCUUACUUCACCGCUUCCUCCUCUGAGCGUCGUGUCCUAUUGUCUGCUCCAUUGUCCAAGGAAUUGAGAGCUCAAUACGGUGUCAAGGCUUUGCCAAUCAGAAGAGACGACGAAGUUUUGGUUACCCGUGGUUCCAAGAAGGGUCAAGAAGGUAAGGUUUCUUCCGUCUACAGAUUGAAGUUCUCUAUUCUAGUUGACAAGGUCACCAAGGAAAAGUCCAACGGUGCUUCCGUUCCAAUUGCUUUGCACCCAUCCAAGGUUGUCAUCACCAAGUUGCACUUGGACAAGGACAGAAAGAACUUGAUCCAAAGAAGAGGUGGUAAGCUAGAAUAA